AUGCACGUUCCUAGUCAAAAGUGCAGCCAUUCAGAGAACACUCCAACCCUUUUGAGGCCCCUCUUUACGAUCAUUUUCGAAACGUCGUCGGCCCUACUGAUAACCUUUCGCACUGCAAAGUCGUUCAGGGCGUAUGGGGCCAACAGGAACAAUAUUUUGUUUUUCAUAUUCGAAGAAGGCCUAACGUAUUUUUGUCUUAUUUCGCUCUUCACCGUUGCUACUUUCAUCCUGAAGCUACGAGCAACUUCCGGACCUUACCAGGACAUCUUGAACGCCUUCACACUCCCACUAUCAGGAAUCCUCACAGCGCGAUUUAUCCUGCACCUCCGGGGAUGGAGAGAGCAAGAAAUCGCAUAUGUCAAAUCAGUCACGAAUCUUCAUCAGCCGACUCCGAGUGUCAGGCAAGGGCAGAAUUAUCCACCUCUAUAUAACUUCGGAGCAGCCAUGUCGUUGGCUGACGAUACUUCGCGACCACCCAUGUCGCCGUUGUCAGAUACAUCCACUUUGAUCCCAGAGUUUGGCGAAGAUCCUGAAGUGACGGCGAAGAGACAGGCACACGCUCUUCAAAGAGGAUAUCCUGAUCGAUACACGAUGGGCGGCUUCGACCGGGCAAAUGAUGUUUAG